CAGUACUAUAUACAUGGUGUGCACGCACAACCGACUGUGAGAGAAUUUAACUAGAAACGUCACGACCGAGUGAACGGGAGGGACAGGGGAGGAGAGAGAGCGAGAGAGCGGGAGAGAGAGAGAGUGGGGAAGGAUAUAUCGAGUCAAAGCAGCUCCGCUUGCUCCUCAGUGUGUGAGAGAAGAGACAGAGGACGUGUGAGAAGACAAGAUGGAGCGCUGGAACAGAUGAAGACUGUCACUGGUCCCAUCCGGCGGUGCACAUGAGCGUAUCGAAACCUCCUCCGCCCCACUCCCACUUCGCCCCCCCACCCGACUCUUCCACCUCCUCCCAUCUCUCCAUCCCUCCCUCCUCUUCCACCCCAUCCUCCCCCGCACCUUCUCGUGCCACCUCCUCUGCUCCCAGAUCUCUCCCUCCACCCUCUCCAGUCAAGAUCUCCAUGCAGGAGCACUUUGCCAUCAACGUGUGUCCCGGGCCCAUAAUGCCUAUCCCGCAGAUCUCCGACUUCUUCCCGCGCUUCCAUGACUAUCCCAUGACCCCGCCCCCGCCCCGGGAGAAGAAGAUCCUGAAGGAACCAGAUUUCGGAUUGAACAAUGGAGGGGAGACGGACAGAGAGAAUAAGGAGGAGAGGAAACCCAUCGAGGUGGACCGGGGGGAGAGGCAAGAAGGGGUGGAUUCAGAUGAUGAUGAUGAUGAAACUUACCUGGGCACCCUGGAAUUUACCCUGCUCUUCGAUCACGAGAACAACUGUCUACACUGUACAAUCCACAAGGCCAAGGGACUAAAGGCCAUGGACUCCAACGGACUGGCCGAUCCAUACGUCAAGCUCCACCUCCUGCCUGGGGCAAGCAAGGCAAACAAACUUCGCACCAAAACACUGAAGAACACUCUGAACCCGGUAUGGAGCGAGACACUGAUGUACCACGGCAUCACCGCUAUCGACAUGACCACCAAAACCCUCAGGCUUUGUGUGUGCGACAUGGACAGACUCGGUCGUAACGAGUUUAUCGGAGAGGUCCGGGUUGCCUUGAAGAAACUGAGCGAAGGCGAGAGCAAGAGAUUCAAAAUGGGUCUGGAGAGAAUCACACAGAACAAAGACAUCAACAAAGAAACCGUGGAGCAAGGAACACCUGUGGCUGAGGAAGAGCGUGGUCGUAUCCUGGUGUCGCUGUGCUACAGUCCAGAAAAGAGCUGUCUACUGGUUGGCAUCGUACGCUGUGCCCACCUCGCUGCCAUGGACUCCAAUGGGUACUCUGACCCCUUCGUCAAGAUUGUGCUGCAGCCUGAUAUGGGGAAAAAGUCCAAGUACAAAACCACAGUGAAAAAAACUCUCAAUCCCGAGUUUAAUGAGGAGUUUGUGUAUGAAGUUCCACACGACCAGCUGGCGAAGAAAACCCUGGAGAUCUCCGUAUGGGACUACGAUCUGGGGAUGAGCAACGACUUCAUAGGUGGAGUUGAACUGGGCAUAAAUGCUAAGGGAGUGAGGCUGAAACAUUGGUUUGAGUGUCUCAAACACAUCGGCAAGAAAGUCGAGUACUGGCACACCCUCACGCAGCAAGGAGCCCCUCCAGAGGCCCCCCCAGUGAUCUGA